GUGAAAGUUGCCUGCCUCUCACCCUCGCUCUCCCUCGGCCUCUCGCUGUGAAACGACGCGAUGACGCUGCAACGCCUCUGGGACUUAAUGCGAGCGCAGGACGCGUACCUGCGGUCCCCCUUCUUCCCCGUGCUGUUCUCACUCACGGUUUACCUGGGCUUCUGCUUGCCUUUUGUGGUGCUGGACCUCGUCUCCUCCAAAGUGGCACUGCUGAGGAAGUACAGGAUACAGCAAAAGAGCCAGGUCUCCUGGGCCAUGAUGUGGAGCUGCCUGGCGCAGUCUCUCUUUAACCACGUGGUCUACAUUUUCCCCCUGACUGUGCUGCACUGGUACUGGAGGCCGGUCAGCUACCCCUCGCAGGCUCCUGGCCUCUUCCGGCUGGUGUGGGACAUCCUUGCCUGCCUCCUGCUCUUUGACUUCCAGUACUUUGUCUGGCAUCUGCUCCACCACAAAGUGCCCUGGCUUUACAAGACCUUCCACAAGGUCCACCACAAGUACACGUCCACGUUCGCCCUGACCGCCGAGUACUCGGGGGCCUGGGAGACGCUGUCCUUGGGCUUCUUCGCUGCCGUCAACCCCCUUCUGCUGGGCUGUCACCCGAUGACAGAGAUGCUGUUCUUCGUGCUCAACAUCUGGCUGUCGGUGGAGGACCACUCUGGCUACGACUUCCCCUGGUCCACCCACAGGCUGGUCCCCUUUGGGCUGUACGGAGGGGCCCCACAUCACGACCUCCACCACCUGAAGUUCAAGUCCAACUAUGCUCCCUACUUCACCCACUGGGACAAAUUGUUUGGAACAUUGCACUCCGACUGAACAACCCACGUGGAGGCAAAUCUGGACUGCACUUGAAAGACUAUGAUGGUCAGCAGCACAUAUGUGAACUGUAUGAUCACCAAAACUAAUUAGCUACAGGAAGAUAGACUUUCACUCCAUUGGUCUAUAUUUUUUAAUUGUCUACAUGUCUACAUGAUGAAUUGUGAAUAAUGCUGGACAAGAAUGUUUGAAAGUGUGCCAAUAUUUGGCUUGAAUACCAUUCCUUGUAACAAGGAAAUAAUAUGCACUUCACCAUUACAACAAUGUUCAUUUUGUUAUUUAUUAAUGAAAUUGUUAUAGUUUUGAUGUUAUUUAUAAAUGUAAUUCUGUUCUAGUAAUUUAUUACCUUUUGUAGGGGCAAAUAUGCACUGUAACAGAUCUUUCACUAUAUAAGCUAUUCUUACAUUAAUGGACUGUGCUUUUUCUGUAAAUUGUUGAAGUAUAUUUUCUAUUAAUCCACAAGCAAUUGAGCCUUUUUAUAAUCUUCGAUUAAGUGAAUCCCUAAGAUUUUUUUUUCAUGGUUCACAAUUUUGCUUAAAAUGCUUUAAUGUCUUACAUUUAAUUGUAAUUUAUUGUGGAAACAGUCAAAAGGGACCUGCACAUGUUUGUGCAAGUCUGAAGAUAAUCUGACUUGCUUUGCAAUUGUACUCAGGGCUCUGUGAAUCUGAGUGUUACUGUGUCAGAGCCAAUAUGCACAUUUCUGAAAGAUGUGCAUGUGUAAAGUGUAAAUCUUUGCACUUAUUUAACACGGUUAUUGUGAAUUCAGUUGCAUUUCCUAUUCAAAUAAAAACAUAUUAUAAUGAAAAUUA